AUGCAUGAAUUUGAUACAAAAUAAGGCAAACUAUUCUAUACAGUGUAUAUGAUGCAUCAAUAAAGAUAGAUUGAUACAAAAUAGAAGGGGAAAUUAAAAGGUAUUUAAAAGUAUGUAUAUAGAAUUGUAGACUUGAUAAUUUAAAAACAUCCAUCUUUGAAUAAAAUAGAAACUGAUAACACUACAAUAGCUAGACGUAGUUUGCUUAAUCUUGCUAAAAUAGAAGGAAUAGAGGAAAAAGAAAAAGAAAAAGAUUAAGAUAAAGAGGAAGUAGAAAAGAAUCGACCUAUAAGAAUACAACCAAUUUUAACAAACAGUAAAUACAAAUAAAGUAGAUCAUAGAUGUCAUCUCCUUUACAUAAAUGA